GAUUUUAACGACUACUGACAUAAGGCAUCGUUUCCCUUGAAACGUCCAAAUUACAUCAUUUUCAAAAAGUUAACGAUCGUUUUGGUCGCAACCACAUUAAGUUUAAUAAAAAUCAAGUAUUGUCAAUUUUAAUCUAUUGAUAUUAUAAAAAUAUACACAAUGUCUGCUUUUAAUGUUGAUUCAAUCGCCGCUAUUUUGGAAAAUGCCCGUGUUAGUGAUAGUGGUGUUAGUUUUGCUGGAAAAUCUCUAAAAUUAAACACGGAAGAAGAUGCCAAACAAGUUACGAAAGAAAUUGAUGGUUGCUCCAACCUCCAAUUUCUUAAUAUGGAAGGCAAUACACUUGGAGUAGAUGCUUCCAAAGAAAUUGCCAAAUCUUUAGAAAAGCACCCUGAGUUUAGACGGGCCUUAUGGAAGGAUAUGUUUACAGGCAGAAUGAAAACUGAAAUUCCAAAAGCACUGCAAUAUUUAGGAGAUGGUUUGGUAACAGCAGGAGCUCGCCUUACAGAACUUGAUCUCAGUGACAAUGCUUUUGGACCAAUUGGAGUGGAAGGUUUAGCAUCACUAAUUAGAAGUUCCUCCUGCUUUGCUCUUGAAGAAUUGCGUCUCAACAAUAAUGGAUUAGGAAUAACAGCUAAUAGGAACUUUAGAAGAAAUAGCUAUGCCUCAAAUGGAAUCUACCAUCAAGGUAUAUCAGCACUUUCUGAAGCCUUUGCAGUAAACACAAAUCUUCAAAUUCUCAACUUAAAUGACAACACCAUUGGCCCAAAAGGUGCAGAAGCAAUUGCAGCAGCUCUAGUCAACAACCAAAAACUAAGAGAGCUCAACUUUGGUGAUUGUUUAUUAAAAACAAAAGGUGCUAUGCUGUUGAGUGAUGCACUAAAAGAUUCUCAUAUUAGUUUGGAAGAGGUAAAUUUGGGAUUUAAUGAAAUAAAGAAACAAGGAGGAUUGGAAAUUGUAGAUGCAAUGGCUAAUAAAAGUAAAUUAAAGACUCUGAUUAUUGAUGGUAAUCAAUUUGGUACGAAAGGAAAAGAACUGAUUGAAAGUAAAUUAAAAGAAAUUGGAAAAUUCAAUGUCCUUGGCAGUUUAGAAGACAAUGAAUCAGAGGAUGAAAGUGAAGAUGAAGAUGUAGAUGAAGAUGUAGAGGAUGAGGAGGAAGAGGAAGAAUGUAGCGAAGAAGGUGAAACUGAAAAUGACGAAGAAAAAUCAGAUACAAAUGAAGAUGUAAUAGCUGUUCCUUCUCCUUUAAAACAAAACUUCACUAUUAGAGAAUUUAUUGAAACACCAAGUGCUAAGCGAAGACAAACAGUUCAAACCGACUUGGAAUAUAGAAGGUUGUUUGAAGGUUCUCAAACACAUUUCGAAUAAGAAUUUUAUGCCUGAAAGUACAAAAAAUACUCUGAGUGUGUUCAUGAAGAGGCAAGUAAACACAAACGGUGCCGAUACGAUUCCUAUUUAAUCCAUGAAACCUUUAUUUUAGGGAUAUCGACUGUGGUACUGAACCUUUAACAACCAAAAAAGAGCUUCUUGCGAGUUUAUCCUAAUUAUUUAUUUUAAUACAUUUGUAUAUAAUGAAAAAUAUAGUUUUUAUUUUCCUAAUGUC